AUGCCUAAUUUGUCUUUGCCUUAUACUAAGUGGCCUCACUUAAAGGGACUUACCUUGGCUGAUCCUCAUUUUCAUACACCCCAACCGGUUGAAAUGUUAUUAGGAGCGGAUAUACUAUCCCACAUUUUAUUAAAUAACACUAUUACGGGUCCACCGGGUACACCUAUCGCUAUGAAUAGUGUGUUCGGUUAUUUACUGUUAGGGAAACUUACUUUCAAUACAAACAUUUCGACUCCACUCCAAGUUUGUUAUAGCUCGUUUGACAACAACAACUUACAAAGAUUUUGGGAGCUGGAGUCAGUACCAGAAAAGCGGAGUUACACUCCCGAUGAGGAAUUAUGCGAAUCCUUUUUUCGAAGAACGCAUAAUCGAGACCUCACAGGGCGAUACGUGGUCGCUCUGCCCUUCAAGGUCAACGCCCCGCCCCUCGGCGAAUCUAGACAAAUCGCAGUAGCACGUUUUCAUAAAUUGGAAUAUAGGUUAGAACGUAAUCCCCAGCUGAAGAUUGACUAUCACGCUUGCCUUCAGGAGUACAUUGACCUCAAUCAUAUGGAGCUCGUUGAUGAUAAGCCUUCAGUUGGUGCGAGUUACUAUAUCCCACACCAUUGUGUGAUUAAGCCCUCAAGCCAGACAACACGCACCCGAGUUGUUUUUGAUGCCGGCUGUCGUACGACCAGUGGAUACUCAUUAAAUGAUGUGCUGUUCUCGGGACCUAAACUUCACCUAGAUAUCGUAGACGUUCUUUUAAAAUUUCGUGUUUAUCGUGUUGCUUUCUGUUCAGAUAUAAAACAGAUGUUUCGUAAUAUAUUGUUACGUGAAAGUGAUAGAGAUUUUCAGCGUAUUCUCUGGCGUCGAUCACCAGAGGAACCUUUACGUGACUAUAGACUUCGUACAGUCACCUUCGGCGUCAAUUGUUCUCCCUAUCUCGCACUUCGUACCAUCCGACAACUAGCUUGCGAUGAAGGCGAGCGUUUGAAAUUGGCUGCAGCUGUUUUAUUAAAUAAUGUCUUUGUUGAUGACGUCAUUACGGGCGCCGACAGCGAAGCCCAGGCUCUUCUACUUCAGCAGGAGCUGAUUGCUAUUUGCGCAACGGCUGGGUUCGAGCUACGCAAAUGGCAUAGCAACUCGCAAGCGGUUCUCGCCGCAGUCCAGCCCUCAGAGUUUCAUGGUGAGCGGUGUGAGAGUGUUCUUUUUUCAGAGAUGGAGGGUGACAAAGGUGUGAAUGUCCUCGGAUUGCAGUGGAACCCCCGAGCAGACUCAUUUAGCUUCAAGGUUCAUGUUACUUCGCGCGAUUAUACUAAGCGUGCUAUAUUAUCUGAAAUAGCAAAAAUAUACGACCCUCUCGGGUUAUUGUCGCCGGUAACAUUAUUUGCUAAGCAUUUAAUUCAGUUGAUGUGGUUAGCGAACAUUGGUUGGGACGAGCCCCCGCCUAUUGAUAUAUUAAAUUCAUGGACUUAUUUUACUAAAGAGCUACCGCUUUUAGCAUCGAUUUCUUUUCCCCGUUAUAUUUUUAAUACUGACGACUUAGAAUCUAUUCAAAUACAUGGUUUUGCUGACGCGUCUCAAGUCGGUUACGCUGCAUGUGUUUAUAUACGCCAUGUAGGCAAGAGCGGUGAUUGGACACGAAUUCAAACGUACGAUGAAAUGCACACACUAACGUGUCAGAUAGAAGCUGUUUUAAAUUCACGACCUCUUUGCGUACUGAGCUCGGAUGCUUCGGAUCCUCUCCCAUUGACCCCAGCUCACUUCCUAGUAGGAGAACCCUUGACGGCGGUCCCUGAUGUCUCCUUGGUGGACGAAAAUCCUAAUCACCUAACUCGUUGGCGCUGGAUUCAACAGUCGGUUCAACAUUUUUGGAAACGUUGGAGUAAGGAGUAUCUUCACGAACUCCAACAGACUAAUAAAUGGUUCCAAGACCGCGGCUCCACUCUCCGUGAGGGCACUGUUGUUGUGGUAUGUGACGAGAAUCUUCCACCUCUCCAGUGGAAGCUCGCACGCAUUCACGCGCUUCAUCCCGGCUCUGAUCAGGUUGUACGAGUCGUAACACUAAGAACGGGCAAUACGCUUUUCAAACGUCCUGUUAUCAAGAUUUGUCCUCUACCAUUACAAUAG